GUGAAUGCAGGACAGGCUGUUGACUCCUGCUGUCAGAAUCCGAUCCCCCCCGCCUCUCUAGAGUUAAUUUAAAGGGCCAGUUCAACGUAUUAAUAGAGGAUCCCUCCACCACAGCUAUAAAAGCCUAUUUCUCAUUAAAUGUGCUGUGGACGCUAAGGGAAGCACACAUAGAUGCCCCUCGGCAAUCAUAAGAUAGUUUUCCUUUAAAAAAAAAAAAAGGGCAUUAUUGGGACAGAGGCUUGCUCAGUGCGUAUAUGAAGGUGUCUGCUCGGUCAUACACGCACUGGCGUUUUUACCGCAGUGCAUCUGCAGCAUCCUGCGCUCAGAGCGACAGAGGCGCCGCUGUGGCGUAGGAAUAAAACACCGUGAACUGGCACGUUUAUUACAUUUGUAUUUUUGGGUGGGCUGGCUUUUUAUGUAGCCGUGUGUGGUCGCGCAGUUUUUUCUGCAAUGCCUGCGCGAUCUAAGACGCGUCUCUCCUAUGAGCAUGGAUUGAUUCGAUGAAGUAUUUCCACAUUUUUCCACAUUCAGCUGUCAUCGCAGAAAAAAAAAGGGACAGGACAGCAUCCUUGUUUUUGUUCUCCGGAGAGAGGACUCGAGCAGAGGAGGCCUCUACAGCAGGACAGUAGGCUCUGAUUGCAGAGAUCCGAUUAACCAGAAACAUCUUCAUUAGAUUGGUCUGGAUUUAAUAUUAGUAUCGUGUAGCCUGUAAGAGGUAGCCAUUUAAUUCUUACCCAAGAGCAUGCAAAUUAAUUGUAUAUGCACUAGCGUGUGUGUGUAUUGAAGACGUUCAGUCUGUAGCUUUCAUGUUGCACAUUAUCUAAAAACAAUAUUAAGCUUUGUCUACCUUUGCUGUCUGUAUUUUCAACAUAGAAGAGCUGAGCAUGUGGCCUAUGGCAGGGUUUAUGACUGAUCUGUGCAUCUCAUAUUAGGAUCCUCAGGGAAAAAAUACAAUCAAAUCUCAGGGUGUUGCUCUGGGGAACACUGUGAGUCACCUGAUAUCUAGAUUGUUUCAUGUGCUCCUCCAUAAUUAAAAGUACAAAACCCGCCUCUUGGCUGCAUUAGCUGAAUAUACAAAGAAGCUGAAUAUACAGAUAAAGACAGGGGUUGUCUCCAAAGCAGCAAUAAUCUCUGGCAACAAAUCCUGUGAAAAACAGGAAACUGUUUCUGGCUCGUGCCAAAGAUCAGGGAAAGCAACAGUGAUCCAACUGUUGGGACUUCAUCAACAGAUUUCUGAGAAAAAAGGAAGGAUUGUAGGCGGAUACAAUUUGCACUAUACAAUGCAUGUCUAGCUGCAAGAAUCUUCAUACAUAUUUGGGCAACGCUUUACUGAUGCACAGCUUUGAGAGUUCACUGCUCCAAUCAUCUUAGGAUAUAAAAAACUAAAAGAGAUAGUGACCUUCACAAACUUGGAAUCUGUUGAAGCUCCAUACUUGUUGGGACAGGGUAAAAGUUUGGACUUCUGGAGACUCCUCCUCAAAUAAAACAGCUGCUCUAACAAUCGUUGAUAUGGCAACAGCAGCAGCACACCUCCUGUUCUUUUCUCUUCUCUGCAGCCUGUUGGUCUACCAGUGUUAUGGGGCGUGUGCAGAGCCGGACUCUGACACAGAGGCGGUAGCGGGAAAGGGCUUCAAACUAGGCUGCCUGUCCUGCAAGAGGAGGAGUGAGGUGGACGGAACUGCCACAGUCGAGUGGUACUUCAGGCCCAAAGGAGAGGCUGACUUUGUUCAUAUCUACACCUACAACGAGGACGGCCCCACCAUCGAACAUGAGCACUUCAUGGACCGUGUGGAUUGGAAUGGAAGUAAGAGGAGCAACGACAUCCAAGACGCAUCCAUCUACCUGCUCAAUGUCACCUUCAACGACUCGGGAACCUACCAGUGCUUCUUUAACCGCAUCCUCUUCUACGCUUCUUACGAGUACAACACCGUGGUCAGCAAGGUGGUCCACCUCAGUGUGGUGGCUAAAGCCACCAGAGGAACCGCCUCCAUCGUGUCUGAGGUCAUGAUGUACGUGUCCAUCAUUGGCCUUCAGGUCUGGCUUCUCAUAGAGAUGAUAUACUGCUACAGGAAGAUCUCGGCAGCUGGGGAAGAAGCGUUACGGGAAGCGGCAAAUGCUGAAUAUUUAGCGAUAGCCUCGGAAAGUAAAGACAACUGUGCAGGGGUGCAGGUCGGAGAAUAGCACAGGCUUCCUCUGCAGACUGAUAACAUCCUUCCAACCUCUGCAUGAAGACAACUUUGGAAGAAAACUCCUCUGCAUCUCGAGUCUCUAUUUUACCUUUUCCUCUACAUAAGUCACGUACGGAUAUGACAUACCAAGAGAGCAUGGUACCAGCACUGUAUAUAGUACUCAGCGCAAAAGCAUGUUCUGCACUCCCAUGAGAAACCAUUAUGCAUUAAUGAGCCACAUGUCAAAGCAUAUACUGUACAUACAGUAUUUCUGUAAGUCUAUGUAGUCGCACAUUUAUAUGAAAUGUUCUUGGUACUACAGAGGGGUCUGUUGUAAAACGAGGCUGAUUGUUCCAGAAAGCUUUUUACUACAUCACCACCACCUAAUGUAUAGAAACACAAAACAUGUAUGGUGAAGUUUCUAAAUAGAAUGUCAUGGACUAUGAUAGACUGUCUCUCCAGUUAUUAGCUGUACAUUCGAUAAAAUCUGAAUAAGUACGAAUAAAAACCGAAAAAGUACA